UAAAUAGCGACUGAUUAACGACUAUGCGUAUGUGGUCAUCAUUUAGUCGCUAAUCAGUCGGUUAAAACCGAUACAUGGCACAUUUUUUACAUUUUGGUCGUUGUAACUAAUAUUUUACUGGUUGGUCAGUCUUUAGUCGCUAAUAAGUCAGACAAUUUGCAAUAUAAUACAGACGGUGUCUCCCCACAUUUCUGCCGAGAAACCGUAUAAACAAAUUUCAAAAAAACAAAAUCGUGAAAGACAAAAGAAAAAGAAAGAUUGUUUGAAGUGUUACAAUGUCGGGAAAUAACAACAAUGCUAAUUUUCGAGAUUGGAUGUACAAGAGGAUCGAUGAACGGACGGGAAAUUUCUCGGAAGAAUUCGUAGCAGGGGUGGAUCAAUUCAUGACAUUUGCCAAUAGUCAGCCUCUCACGCAAAGCAACGGGGGUAAAUUUUUCUGUCCAUGUAGUGUUUGCAAAAACGAUAAAUUUCUUCCGGGGUCAAAAAUUUGGAAACAUAUAUAUAGUAGAGGAUUCAUGCAAGAUUAUUAUGUUUGGUCUAAUCAUGGAGAAGAAAUUGAUAUGGCAUUAGGAACGAGUCAUGUUGACCCGACACAUUUAAGUGGUAAUGAAGAAGUUGGUACUGAAGAUAUAUAUGUUGAUAUGGUAAAUGAUGCUUUUCGUGAUAAUGUGAGUUCUGACAAUUAUCACCAGGGUGGUAGUUACCCGGAUGGUAGUUACCAGAAUGUAGUAGACGAUGCAUGCAACCAUUCAAAAAAGUUUUAUGAUUUGUUAGAAGGAGCAAAAAAUCCCUUGUAUGAUGGUUGUCGUGAAUAAUAUAUUUGAUUGUUUUUAUGCCACUUAAUUUACUUGAGGCUUUGCAAACAAGAAAAUAUUAACUUGUGAAUGUUUUAUAGCUCACUGAGUUUUUUUAUGUGAGGGUUAACUUCUUAGCUCACAGUUUUUUUAGCUCGCUAGUUGAAUACUAUACGAGGCUUGCUUAGCUCACACCUUUUUCAGUUCACUUGAAUGUUUAGAGUGUCUGAUGUAAGCUCACUUUGUCUUUAAAUUUGGCUUGCUUUGGUUGGCUUAGUCACUGGUUUAUUACUUCUGUUCCUAUUUAAUAUAUUCAUUAUUUUGUUUAUGUGUUUUGAGGUUUGGUCGUGACAAAGGGAAACUGACCCGAAGGAUCUCAAAGACUUUCAGAAAAAAGUUUGAUGCUGCUUAUUACAGUUGGACUGUUGUGCCUCAGGACAAACAAGAGACAAUAUUUAUAGAAUUUGCAAAAAUUCACACUUGGAGUCAAAUACACACUGGUCUUGUCCAGGAAAAAUUUGAGAGCAUAUGUCAGCUACGUAUAAAAGACAUGGUUAGCAUUUGUAGGAGGAAACGAAAGCAACCAAACUGGAUCCAUGAUACUCUGUGGGAAGAAAUGACAGCGUAUUGGGACACUCCUGUAGCGAAAAAAAAAAAGUGAAACUGCAUCAGUGGCUCGUUUGUCUGAACGGAACAGACUUGGUCCACAAAAGCACAACACUGGCGAGAAGUCUUUCCAACAAAUCGAAUAUGAAAUGGUUGAGGAAUUGGGCAGACCAGUUUCUCUUGGUGAAGUUUACAUCAAGACACAUACAAAAAAGGAUGGGACCUAUGUUGAUUUGAAAGCCGAGCAGGUUGCAGAGAUAUAUAAGAAGAACAAAGAAGCCAAGUUGACUGCCCUUGAAGCUGAAAACUCACAGAGUUCAGAUGGUGCUUCCAAUGAUCGACAGCUCUCCAUAGAGGAGGACACCGAGAUAUUCCUUUUGUCUACUUUCACAGAUGAAAGAGGACAUUACUAUGGCAUUGGAAGCCUCCAACAAACUCUCGUCAAUGGUAAACGGAAGUAUAAUGAGGUCUCUUCUUCUGCAUUCCUUGACAUGAAUAAGCAGCUUGAAGAAGCUCACCGCAAAAUAGAAGAGCAUGCGGCUUCUAAUGCAGCACAUGCUACUACUAUUGCUGAGCAGGGCUCUACUAUUGCAGAGCAGGGUGCUACUAUUGCAGAGCAAGCAAAGCAGAUCAAAGAGUUUGCUGUAGUGAAGAAGUUUCUGUCUGCAACUGAUCAUAGAUUUGAUCAGUUCGUAUCUACUAAUUCCACCACCUGAUCAUGCUUUCUUGUUUAUGUCUCUUGGACAUGAAACUUGACUUUUGUUUAGUUGUUUGUCAAUAUUUUCUGUAAACUCUUGGUGGUAGGUAACAUUUUUUGUAAACUCUCAGUGGUAGGUAACAUUUUUUGUAAAACUCUCGGUGGUUCACAUUUUCAGGUUUAAAAUUAACUAGUGUUUUCUAAUUCACAAUUUGUUUAAUAAAUAUUGUUUUAUUAUAUAAUAGCAUCACAAACAAGAAAGCACAAAUAAGAAAAUUAGGAAUUAAAAUAACAAAAAAGAAGUCUGAAUACAGUCGUAAAACAGUCAUCAAAAUAGAAAUAUUUUAAGACUAAAUAGCGACUCAUAAAAUAACUGUAGUCGCUAAGCAGUCAGAAAUAUAUUAACUAGUUUACGACUACGAGUACCGACUAAUUUAUGACUAAAAAUACCGACUGACUUACGACUGCACAUAACUGACUGAUUAACGACUACAAGAACCCGAUUGAUUAACGACUUCGAAUAUCCGACUGAUUAACUACUGCAUUUAAACAAAAUACUUGCCAAGAAAGUAGUUGUAGAUUAGACGUUAAAUAGUCAGAGUGUAGUCGUAAUAUAGUAUGACUGUUGCCCGACUAGUUGCCGACUGAUUUAAUUAGUUGUAAUUUAGUCGUAAGAUAGUCGUAAUUUGGCGACCGAUUCCCGACCGCUCUAAUUACCGACACGAUGAUUGACGACCAUAACGUUUAGUCGCUAUUCAGUCGUAAUACGUAAUUUGCGACUGUUUCUCUACCGAUUCUGCAGUUGGUAUCUACUUGUUUUCUUGUAGUGUGUUACAUAUGAACCUAAAGGCUUGCAGGUAUUUCAUACACUGCUUCUACUAGUGAGUGUCUCCACAAUCAUCGUUACUAUAAUAUCAUAGUUAUACUUCUAUGUUAUUACUCUUAUAGAGGAAGCAGUGCCCUGCCUAGCUUUCUAGGGGCUAAAGCAAAAUUUUAAAUAAACUAUGUAUCAUAACUAUCAUAUAAAACUAUAAAAAUAAUUAAUAUAAA